CAGGGAUAGUGCUGACCUGCCUCACUCUCUUUCCUUCGGGAGACGAGGAGCUGAUGUGGAGGCCUCUGGGCCUUGCGGCGCCGUCGAGCUCAUCAUCGGCUGCUCAUCUACAGCGGCUUCCGCCGCUCGGCUGUGCGCUACGCUCUUCACCUUCACUCCACAUCAGCCAAGCCUCUCCUCCUCCCUCGCUACGCUUCGACCACAGUGAGCGUCGUCUUGCCGGUGUCUACUCCCUGACUCACAUGACGCCGCAAAGCAUAAUUCCAUCACCAUGAGCUCUGCCAGCUCUUCAUACGAAGCAAGCACACAGAGCGGCACGCCGCCGCCCCGAGACGACGUGGACAUGGACGUACAGGACAGCCUCUCGGACGCCGAUACCGGCCGCGACGACUCUGACAACGAGGAAGCGGGCCAUGAUGGUGUCGACAAGUGGAAAGAUGAGCAGCUCUGCGACCUCAUCCGCGCCAUCUCGACGUGGGAAUCGCUCAAGCAAUGGUUCGCCGACACGAGCAGAUCGCGCCUGCCAGACCGAGCCGGCGCUCAGCUCGACUGCCUUGCUCGAGAGGUGGGCGUCAACAGAGGCGAUGAGAAUCUCCGGCGCGAUGCUCACUGGCUCAAGAACACAUUCUUCCGCCUCUUCUUCGAAGUGCCGGGCGAGCUGCUGUCAAAGCCGUGGGCGCUGUGGCCUCUCAGCAACCGCACUCGGAUCCCGUGCUGGUGGGCAGUGUACUUUGAGCAGAUCAUGGAGGGCGGUGGCCGUGGUCAGAGCGCCGGAGAUGUUGGCGCGCCGGGUCUCCAUCAAGAAGCAGCACCCACCGGAUCGUCCGCUUUCACCUCUGGCAUUGCGACUCCUGCCGUUCCAAAUGAGCUCGAGCUGCGCAAGGCUCAGCUCGAGAAGCUGCUCGGCAAAGCUCGACAGAUUGAGAAGCGUCUGCGUCUUCUGGCAAAGUGCACACAGCGGCGCGAGGACAAGCACGCCUCGGUGUUCUGGUCCGGCAAGCUGCGGGUGAGUGAGAGCUGUAGGCUUCUCCGCCACGCAAGCAGCUGA